GUAGAUCCGGCCUUAGUGAACAUAAUCGACACAAGUAUCGUUCUAUCUGUUACUCAUUGAACAUAAAAAAAAGAUGGAACGAUGCUUGUGUCAAUUGUGUUCCCUAAAAGGAAAGCAGCCUUUAUUAUGUGUGUUGGUGGCUACUAUUGUAGUGAAAACGAACAGACUUGCUGUCAUUGGGUUAUGCCAGGUUACGCAUAGUACAGCGUUCGAAAGAAAGAUGUGUGUUUAAGAACUUAAAGAAAUAAAUAAAUGAAUAGUAUGAUGAGCGAAAUGAGUGAUCCGAGUGAUACCGAGAUGUCCGAUAAACAAGACGACAAGGAUACGGACUUCAACGUAGAUGAUUAUUGUCAUGAAAUAGACAGCGACGAUUCAUUUACUGAAUUGCCGGAAAACAAUGUUAACGUAUGUCUAAAUUGGCUUUAUAUGAUGAAGACAAAUAACCCACAAGAUGGCAUAUAUGCAGGUCCAAUAAUUUCUGGGCACAGACUUGACAGAAAACUGAUAUGUGUCAAAUAUCCAGGAAAUGUAAUCAACGUUGAUAAAGCUAUUGAAACAUUGGGUGGCAUUAGUUCUAUUUCUAUGACUGUCGAUGUUCCUAACAGAAGGUUGGAACUGCGGUUUAGACCUGAUGAUUAUUAUUGCAAACCUACUUGUGGAGAUAGACAUAGUACAAAUGGUUUCUUGCUCAGAGUCAGAAUAAAAAAGAAUAAGGCAACACGAGUCAAAAAUGCUACCAUGGAGCUCAUACAACCAAAAUCUGUGGAUAUUACAAACUUGAAAGCUAGCAUUACUACUGGCAUCAGUAAUGAAGAUCUUAAUACAUCUUACUCAAAAAAUGAACAGAUUAAUACAGCAUUUAAUAUUGUGGAAAAAGAGAAUAAUCAUAAAGGCAAUAUUAGUGUUGGCAAUUUGCUUAACCAGAAAAAAGAUUGCGACAUAAACUCUCCACAUUGUAAUAGUGAAGAAACAGCUGAGAAGGAAUCUGCUAUAGAUAAUACAAAUUUACAUAAUAUAUGUAUGGACAAGAAUUUAUUAGAAAGGAAAAAAACCACAUCUAUUUUUCACAAUAAAUAUGAACAUUUAUCUCAGGAGACAGAUUAUCAAGUGCCAUAUCUAAAAAUAUUAGGAAGAAUAGAGACUGAAUUCAAAUUUACUAAUUUAUGCGAUUUUCAAUAUGUACCAUUGACACAGAGCAGAUCAAAUCCAAAGAAAUUGGAAUGCAUAUACGACUUGAUUUAUCCAACGGGCAUUCCUUCUAAAUCUUGGUUAAAAAAUGAUGUACCUUAUUUUUUACCACCAGCUGUUUUCAGCAGAAUGGAUACUAUACAACAGUACAUACCAAAAACAGAAAUAGAUUCAAAUCUGGAGAAUGUAAUUGGCAGAAAUAAGAAGGGCAAAGCAGGGUUUCCUAAUUACAUAUAUUUUUCUACGUCUGAAGUACCCGCCGCGGCACCAAAAGGCAUUGAAACAGCGAUGAAAGUAAAAUUUCUUCGGGAUACGCACUUAAAACGAGUGUGUCAGCUCUUUGAAGAGCGUCCAAUCUGGUCGAAAAAUGCCAUUAUGUAUAAGACACAAUUUUCAUCUGAACAGCUCAAAAUAUUAUUACCAUCGGUAGCGUAUUAUUUUAUGACUGGACCAUGGAGAAUUAUGUGGGUGAAACUGGGUUACGAUCCAAGGAAAGAUAUUAAUGCGAGAAAAUAUCAGACGUUGGAUUAUAGAUUAAAAGCUAUGCAUGGAUUAGGUUCGACAGUCAGAUGUAAGAGAAAUUAUUCAAAUUAUACAUUACCAUAUAAAUCAGCACCCGUUUCUAAACAGAAACCUGCGGUACUUACCGCUACAUUGAGUCAGGAACAACAUUCAAAGAAAGAGCGACAUUUAUAUGAAAAUGUGUAUAUAUAUCGUGAGGGUAUGGUACCUCCUUCCCGGCAAAUGUUUUAUCAGUAUUGCGACGUCUUAGUGGCAGAAAUACAGGAAAUGCUGGCAAAACUUCCAGAUCCUUUACCUGGUGCAAGAUGUCACGAAAAGAGAGGAUGGUUGCCACCUGGUUUUGAUGUGCAGUGUAGAGAGAUUUUAAAUAAACAAGUACGGGCUGUUUUAAGAAAAAGGAUGAAUAUUCCCGAGGAUCACCCAACAUCGCUACCACGAAAACGAAAAAAACAUGGCAUUAGAUUAAGAUACAAUAAAAUGAUUAAUAAAAAAACAAAAAAGAUUACAACAAAUUCUACAGAAAUUCAGGCAGAUGUUCCUUCUACUUCAAAAUUAACAGAACAUGAUCAAUAAAUGAACACUGUAAAGCUUGAAUCUAAAAUGAUAAAAGUUAUAAUUAUGAAAGUAAAAAAUAAAUUCUAAUUACAAAUUUGAUAUAUUUUUCUUUCUUUGAAAAUAUUAAAAUGUAAUUUUCCAAUACUUAACAUGUGUUUACAAGGCAUUGCAUAUAAGAGAAGUGUUACAAAUAAAUUUAUAUGUAUGUAACAUAUGUUAAAAUAAAUAUAAAAUACCAUUACUCUCAA